AUGUCUCGCGCCGCUUCGAGCUCGAGUGCGGCUGAGGCCCAUGUCGAUGCCGUCAGCACUCCAGUUGCUGGGCCGUCCACACCGAAGCGUAGAGGAAGGCCACGGAAGGUGGACGUUUUGAGCUCGAGUGCGACUACAACCGAUGCCCACGCUGUCAAUCCUCCAGUCCCUCAGCCGCCCGCCCCAAAGCGGAGAGGAAGACCACGCAAGGUGGUAGCCGACACAGCAAAACCCACUGCCGGGGCCCAGCUUGCGAUACCAAGUUCCAAUUCGGUCGGCCCACUUGACCAUCACCCACCAGAAGGCUCCACACGGCACCGUAGAGCCACCCCUCAACCCCUUUGGCCAACAGGCAACUGGUACCAUAUGCCCUCGCAACAAGCACCGUCCCCACAGGCCGCGCUCGACCUCGAUCAGAUGAAAUGGCGGGAUGAGGACCACAACGUCUCGCCUCCCCGGCUUGCAAAGUGCUUUGGGCUUGCGGGGACUCCAUCAACCCUAAUCACACUCUAUUCCUUCGUUGAAUCCAUCGACAACGACGCGACGCGACUGUGGAUCCAGUACCACUUCAUCAAAGCGGCUGUGCGAUUGAACAGUUUUAUUCUCCUUCCUCCUAUCCUCACCGAGAUACUCCACGGGUUUGAGGAGUACAGCGAUGCCACAACCAUGGUGGAGAACCACCGCAUUCUGCUGUCACAUCUGGGGAAAGAGGAGGCGGUGCUCCCUCAUGUAGGCCAGGUGGUUGAGCAUCUCCUCGGUGAGCUCGAGCGGAUACGCACCGCUGCCGAGGGCGGCUCGGACACGCCCGUGCCGCCUUUACCCACAUCCUUGGUGGAUGUGGUCUUCAAGAGGUACCUCACACCGAUGACUCUUGGGCCGCUCAUGGCGUAUAUCGCGUCGCCUGGAUCUGGGGUGGUCCUGCAAGAGCGCCACUGGCGACACGCCGCUUCGGUUGCGUAUCAAGCUGGUAUGCAUGAGGACGGCAUCGCAUACACCGCCCGCGCAUCCAAGAAUCUUGCUGAGGAGUAUCCCGAGCUCACCGGCCUGCACCCUGUGCAUAUUAUGAUGGGGGCGCAGCGCAGCAUGCACCUUACCGAAGCCAUCAAGGUGCUCAUGCCUCUCAUCGAACGGCUUGACAAAUAUCGCGCUACCAAGAGAUUAAGAGCAUCGAUAACGACCACCGACGACGAUGAUCCUGAAUUCCAGGACGCCGCCUCGCUUCCGUCCAUCACAGAGGACGAAGCCGAUGAAAUCGACGCGUGGCUUAACGUCAUGGACACGUCUCCACAGGCAAUGCGUGCAGUGGUAACUCGCAUAUGGAGCAUCCUCCUAACCCGCGCUGCACGCGACAGGAACCUCGCUGCCGGCGACCUUAUCGCUGCAGCAGACGCCAUGCCCGACGUCGCACUCUGCGCCGCAACCCUCACCCCGCUCAUGUUCGGCUUAAUGAAACGCGGCGAGCUGGACCGAGCCCGGCAUGUCUGGUACGAUAUGAAAGCACGGCACGGCACGGCAUUGCCUUCUGAGCGGCACCGCAUGCUGGAUUCAACAGCUCUGGCCGUGGCAGCUCAACUCCAGUUUCUCCGCCGCUCACGUGGUCCAACCCGGGACUUUGCGCUCCAGGAGACGCUCAAGCUGGUCGAGUACUACGCUGCCAGGGGCGGCGUUGCAACUCACAUGCCUCCCCUGGUGAAGGGCAUCAAGGUGCGCAACUCGGUCCCCCUCGACGCGCGAGUGGUCAACAAACUCCUACACAUGUGUGCUUGGACGGGCCGUGUGAGCGUUGCGUUGCGUGUAUGGUCGGCGGCUCGGCCCCGGUGGGGCGUGCUGCCCAACGAUUUGAGUCUUGCCCUGUUGAUCGACUCGGCACGGUUUUGCACCACAAAGGGGACGGGGGACUUUGGUGGCGGUGACAUGCUUCGCAGGCGACUCAAGAUACUGGCCUCGGCCUUCCAUCUACCUGGAAGGGAGAGGCAGCGGCACCCAGACUCGCCGCUCGACAAGCCAGCAGAGUAUUGGGUCAACUACGCCGGGUCGUGCGCCAAGGACCCGCUCAAUUAUGACUGGUGGCGCGAGCACGCUGCCGCUCCUUGGGAAGAGGUCCGGCAGCUGUUCCGCAACGACAUCUUGUUCGCAAACUACCCGGGGCUCAAGGACGUCCCUUCGCCGCUUACCCGCAGCAGCGCGUUUGCCGACUUCAAGGCGCUCAUCGCACCGCCCUCGCUCGCCGGCGCGCCACUGCGGCCCAUGCCCCUCGGCGGCAAAUACGCGUUCCUCAUCCCAGGCUACAAGAGCUUCCGGUCGUACAUCGAGCUGGUUGCGACCUACUUUGCCGAAGACGACAUGGGCGAGGUCAUUGCGUGGAUGCGCGCGCUGGACGUCAAGCCCGACCGCGCCUCCAUGCUCGUGGCGCUCACGUACGUGGGCGAGACCGAGGGCCCGCGCCACAACGUCAGGAUUGACGGCCAUUCGGCGCUGGUGCGCGACGAGCAUGUGUUGCGCGCAUACCUCUGCGAAUGGCUCGGCGAGGGCGGCGGUGUGGACGGUGCCACCGUGCCGACGGAGAUGGAUGUGGCGCGGUAUAGGCGUGCAAGGAUGCGGCGCAUAGAGAAACAGGACGCGCGCAAGCACAGGCAGGCGAUGAUGGCCGCGUAG